AUGGCAUCAGCUCUCGAGCCCUUAACUAUGUUCAUUGUUGUCCGAAAGGACCUUGCAAAAAAGCUUCAAUGGCCAGCUGGCAGUGUUAUGACACAAGCAUGUCAUGCUGCUACUGCCAUCUUACAUAUCACACGUGAAGAUGAAAACACAAAAGCGUACCUUGAGGAUUUGGAUAAUAUGCACAAAGUUGUAUUAGAGACAAAAAACGAAGGAUCGUUAGAAAAACUAGCCGAAGUUCUUCAAAUUCAUAAUGUCCCUUUUAAAAAAUGGAUAGAACAACCAGAAAAUAUUCCAACUGCAUUAGCAACAGCUCCAUUACGUUCUAGAAGCCCUGAAGUAUUAGAAGCAUUCAGAAAGUGUUGCUCUUUAUAUCGCUAA